CUACGUUGAGUUAACGAGAUUGGUUAAGCUCUAUUCGAAAAUAGCUUUGUUUACAAAAACCGUUUUGCUGACAGUAACACGAAGGGCUAAUAUCCGAAUAACCUACAUCCUUCUUGAUGAACUCACGA